CGGUCUGGUCGUGAUCCUGUUCUUAUGGACCACGGGCCCUAUGUCAGCUAUCAUUAUCGGCUCCCACACCAACCGGGCGAAUUCUCAGGCUCGUUUUUGGCGGCUCACCGACUUCCCCGAAUCCGUCAAUCCACUGCGAGCCAGGAGUCCACAAUGGCAACUCAGACUGUUGAAGUUCAGACCGAGCUUGUCGAAUUGCCGGAACCUCGCAAUGAGGCCAGAACGGCGAUAGAACCGGACAACGAUGCUGCGCCUGCCGCGCCAAAAUAUGACGGAGCCACGCUUCUAAAGUUGAUAAGCGCCGGUUUUUCGUUCUUCGUCGCUGGCGUCAACGACGGAAGCACAGGCGCUCUGAUACCAUACUUUAUGCGCCAAUAUGAUAUCAAUACUACUCUUGUGUCUAUAUUAUUCGCGGCCAACUUCCUCGGCUGGCUCUUCACCGCCAUCGUCAACACCCAUCUUAGCCAAUAUCUCGAUCUCGGUGCCAUGCUCGCCAUUGGAGCGGCCUGUCAAGUCAUAGGCUACGCUCUGCGAGCCUGGGGCCCUCCGUUCGGCCUUCUCGCCUUCAGUUUCUGGUGCGUCACCGUGGGCCAGGCGUUCCAAGACACCCACGCCAAUACGUUCGUUGCCAAAGUCCCCGGGGCGCAUCGCUGGCUGGGUUUUAUUCACGCCAUGUACAUGGCCGGCUGUCUCGUCGGCCCGUUCGUUGCGACGGCUGUUGCCUCUGCUACGGUCGUUUCUCGCUGGUACCUCUUCUACACCUUCCCUCUCGGUCUAGGAGUCGCCAACCUGGCGCUCGUCUUCGUCGCUUUCCGCACCAGCAUCGGUCGUGCGCCAAGAGCAGCUGCUUCAGACGACACCACAUCGGGCCGGGAACAAGCAACGUCCAGGAAUAAAGAUGCCUCGAACCUCAUCAAAACGGCCGUCCGCACGCCAAGCGUGUGGUUAUUGAGUCUUUUCUUCUUCUUCUUCCUCGGCGCCGCCAUCACCACCGGAGGAUGGCUUGUCGAGUACCUGGUUGUUGUCCGAGGUGGCGAUCUCGCACAGAUGGGCUACGUGCCGGCUGGAUAUAACGGAGGGUGCUUCUUAGGAAGACUGCUCUUGGCGGAGCCCACCCAGCGCCUCGGAGAACGCAGAAUGGUUCUUAUCUACUGUGUGCUGUGCAUUGGGCUCCAGUUGUUGUUUUGGUUAGUCCCAAACAUCAUUGCCGCUUCUAUCGCGGUCAGCGUUUUGGGCUUUUUCUCGGGCCCCUUUUUCGCUACUGGAAUCUCCGUCGCCUCCAAACUAUUCCCGCCGGCAAUCCAUGCGACGGCUCUGGCGUUCGUUUUUGUCAUCGGACAAAUCGGAGGAUCCGUGUUUCCUAUCACCACCGGUAUCUUGGCUACUCGCAUCGGGGUCACAGUUCUGCAGCCUGUCCUCGUCGCCCUCUUCGCCGCUACCGCUUUGACCUGGCUGUGUAUCCCCUCCCCUAAGUCAACGGCAAACGCUGCGCUACAUCAGGAGUGACGAUACAGCGGUGAGCCACAGCGGCCGCGCGUUAAGGCUCGGAGUUGCGCUCAGUACCCAGGUAUCGGCACGAGGGUGGAUGUUUCGGAGCCACUUGCGCGUUUCGAGUUGCUCCAGCGGUCUCUCCAAAUGGCGGGAAAGGUCC